AUGCUACAGGAUCGAGUCGGUUUGCCGGAAGACCAAAUCCAAUCGCAUGUCGAUGGGUUACUCGCCGCCUAUGCUGGAGCUUCUGUUGUCUUCUCGCCCGUUGCUGGAAUCCUAGCAGACAAAACCUCUACAAGACAAGGGCCAUUUCUCCUCGGACUUACUGCGUUGUUGCUCGCAACGGUGCUACUCUUAAUGGGCAAUAACGUUUCAACGCUAGUUGUUGCGAGACUCCUUCAAGGCUGCUCAGCCGCCUUUGUUCAGACAAUCGGACUAGCACUUUGUGUCGAGACCGUCGGUCCGGAGAACCUCGGGAAGACCAUAGGGUCGAUCUUCAGUUUCAUAUCAGUCGGCAACCUGGUAGCUCCAUUGCUGGGAGGUGUCCUCUACAAAAAGGCUGGAUAUGCAGGCGUGUUUGGAAUUGGGUUUGCCGUCUUGGCUAUCGACUUCAUCAUGCGUUUAUUGGUCAUCGAAAAGAAGGUCGCUCGCCGCUACAACUUUACUGCUCAGGAAGGCAGCAAUGAAAGUGACGCAUCGACUUCCAACGAGGAUGAAGAAGCGGCCAGCAACGAACAAGAGCCUUUGCUAGGAACGAAAUCAGAGGACGACUACUACACUAUCUCGAAAGAUCAGCCGGCCAUCGUUCACAAGGUCCCUAUUCUGCCAUGCCUCAAANACCCUCGCCUAAUUGCCGCUUUGAUGGUAGCCUUUGUCCAGGCACUACUGCUCGGCGCCUUUGAUGCCACCAUCCCCACCAUCGGUCAGGAAUACUUUGGCUUUGACUCGUUGAAAGCGGGUACAUUGUUUCUGCCCUUGGGCGUCUUCGACUUCCUACUCGGUCCUAUCUUCGGAUGGGUCGUCGACAAAUAUGGCACCAAAGUGGCGGCGGUCGGAGGCUAUACCUUCCUGGUCCCUUGUCUCGUGUUGCUUCGCCUUCCACAUGCUGGAGGCAAAGACCAAAUUAUACUCUACGCAGCGCUUCUAGGACUGUGCGGAGUCGGCCUUGCUGCUAUUGGAGCUCCAUCGAUUGUCGAGGCAGGCAACAUUGUGCAGAAGUAUUACGAUGUUAACCCCGAAUUCUUUGGUGAACAGGGUCCUUUCGCGAGUCUGUACGCUAUGUCGUCGGUCGCAUUUUGCAGCGGUUUAGCUGUCGGUCCUGAGCUGGCAGGCGAGUUGAAGCAAGCCAUUGGUUAUGGCAACAUGAACAUCGUCCUUGCAGUCAUUUGUGCGGUCACGGCAGCAUUGUCGCUCUUCUUCAUCGGAGGCAAGCCCAAGAUGCUUUGGGGAGGACGGUCCUAG